AUGCACGUGGCAUCAGGAGUUGCGAGGAACCAAGACAAGUGCCACUUGCAGGUGGAGGGACCCGAAGGGACGGGGGGCGCUGGGCUGCGAGCGAGACUCGACGUGAUGAGGGACAUGGGGAGGGGAAGCGGGCUAGGCUGGGAGAGGGGAGGGGAUCUGGGGAGGACCUCAGGGUGGGGGGAAGGGAGAAAAGGGUUGGACUUGUCCUGGAAGAGGAGCGAGGGCAUCGAAGGGGGGGGGGGGGGGCGGGUUGAGGGGAAGGAGCGAGGGAUUUGGGGGGAAGUGGGGGUCGGUUCAGGGGGGCAGCCGGGGGUGACCGGAGCACCGCAGGGAGCGCUACAGCCAGGGGAGCAGCUGGGGGUGACCGGAGCACCCUUGGGAGUGCUACAGCCAGGGGGGCAGCCGGGGGUGACCGGAGCACCGCAGGGAGCGCUACAGCCAGGGGAGCAGCUGGGGGUGACCGGAGCACCCCUGGGAGUGCUACAGCCAGGGGGGCAGCCGGGGGUGACAGGAGCACACCAGGGAGCACUACAGCCAAGGGAGCAGCUGGGGGCGAUUGGAGCACCCCAUAGAGAGCAGCAGCCAGGGGGGCAGCCGGGGGUGACUGGAGCACCCCUGGGAGUGCAACAGCCAGGGGGGCAGCCGGGGGUGACCGGAGCACCCCUGGGAGUGCUACAGCCAGGGGGGCAGCCGGGGGCGACCGGAGCACCCCAGGGAGCGCUACAGCUAGGGGAGCAGCUGGGGGUGACAGGAGCACCCCUGGGAAUGCUACAGCCAGGGGGGCAGCCCGGGGUGACCGGAGCACCCCGGGGAGUGCUACAGCCAGGGGGGCAGCCGGGGGUGACAGGAGCACAUCAGGGAGCGCUACAGCCAGGGGAGCAGCUGGGGGCGAUUGGAGCACCCCAGAGAGAGCAGCAGCCAGGGGGGCAGCCGGGGGUGACCGGAGCACCCCUGGGAGUGCUACAGCCAGGGGGGCGGCCGGGGGUGACCGGAGCACCCCGGGGAGUGCUACGGCCAGGGGGGCAGCCGGGGGUGACUGGAGCACCCCUGGGAGUGCUACAGCCAGGGGGGCAGCCGGGGGUGACCGGAGCACCCCUGGGAGUGCUACAGCCAGGGGGGCAGCCGGGGGUGAUCGGAGCACCCCUGGGAGUGCUACAGCCAUGGGGGCAGCCGGGGGUGACAGGAGCACACCAGGGAGCGCUACAGCCAAGGGAGCAGCUGGGGGCGAUCGGAGCACCCCAGAGAGAGCAGCAGCCAGGGGAGCAGCCGGGGGUGACUGGAGCACCCCUGGGAGUGCAACAGCCAGGGGGGCAGCCGGGGGUGACCGGAGCACCCCUGGGAGUGCUACAGCCAGGGGGGCAGCCGGGGGUGACCGGAGCACCCCAGGGAGCGCUACAGCUAGGGGAGCAGCUGGGGGUGACAGGAGCACCCCUGGGAAUGCUACAGCCAGGGGGGCAGCCGGGGAUGAUCGGAGCACCCCAGAGAACACAGCAGCCUGGGGGGCAGCCGGGAGUGACCGGAGCACCCCAGAGAACACAGCAGCCUGGGGGGCGGCCGGGAGUGACCGGAGCACCCGAGGGAGAGCAGCAGCCAGGGGGGCAGCCGGGGGUGACCAAAGCACCCCACGGAGUGCUACAGCCAGGGGGGCAGCCGGGGGUGACCGGAGCACCCCAGGGAGUGUUACAGCCAGGGGGGCAGCCGGGGGUGACCGGAGCACCCCAAGGAGUGCUACAGCCAGGGGGGCAGCCGGGGGUGACCGGAGCACCCCUGGGAGUGCUACAGCCAGGGGGGCAGUCGGGGGUGAUUGGAGCACCCCAGGGAGCGCUACAGCCAGGGGAGCAGCUGGGGGCGAUUGGAGCACCCCAGAGAGAGCAGCAGCCAGGGGGGCAGCCGGGGGUGACCGGAGCACCCCUGGGAGUGCUACAGACAGGGGGGCAGCCGGGGGUGACUGGAGCACCCCAGGGAGUGCUACAGCCAGGGGGGCAGCCGGGGGCGACCGGAGCACCCCUGGGAGUGCUACAGCCAGGGGGGCAGCCGGGGGUGACCGGAGCACCCCAGAUAGAGCAGCAGCCAGGGGGGCAGUCAUUGGACGACCGGGAGCACCAGUUAGAGGAGUGGUGCCGACUUUUGGAGUUUGAUACCCCCAUGGCGACUGCGGAGGAGUCAGAGGCGGACGAAGAACCUCCCAUGCAGCCUUCCCCAUGCCCUCGUUUUCCGUGUGACACGUGUUUUCACACGUUCGCUACGCGAGGGGCUGCUGCGAACCACAUGAGGGUAUGCCGGGCGGCUGAGGCGGAGAGGCGCGCGCAGGCACUUGGCUCGACCCCGUCACUGGUGGAGACCGACAGGCAGGAGCGACCGACGCCGCGGGAAUUUGGGGACGAGGCGUGGGCCGGGGUUACAUCUUGGGAAUGGGAAGCAUUUUUCAGUGUGGAGGCGGUUGGAGGGAGGACAGUGCGCCGGAUCCCACAGCGGGCUCGGUCGGGGGUCUUAGACGCGCUCUGUUGCGUCUUAAAGCGUUUGAAGAGCCGGCCGGGGGAUGAAGCCGCUACCCUCCUACUCUUGGCUUUUCCGCGCCUCAUCCUAGCCGUGCCUCCCAAGCCAGGCAUAGGACAGAAGGCGCUGAUCAUAGAGCGGUUGGGGGCGUUUUGGGAGGGGAGGUGGCGGGAGCUGUUCGACUCCGCCAUGGUGGCGGCGCGGCCAGCAGUACGCCCACUUGCCUACACUUGCUCUGACCAGGACCCGGAUGCCAUCCGCCUGUCACGGUGCCGAUCUCGGUGUAAAGUGGGAGAGUGGAGCCGCGGAUUGGCUUGCCUUACAGCAGGGGAGUUGGCCCGGCCGUCUGAGGCCAUGGUGCAGUCGCUGCGAGAGAAGCACCCUGCUAGCACUAGCGAGGUACCACAGUGGGUCCGUGAUUUCACCGUCGAUGCUCCUCAGCGGCCUCCACUCACGGCCGACAUCCUAGCCAGAACUAUCCAUACAGCCGCUCGCGCUUCAGCAGCAGGGCCAUCGGGGUGGGUCACAGAGCAUCUGCGCGACACCUUGCUCACUGAACCUUCCUGCCUUUCCCACCUGUUGGAGGUGUUCAACCAAUGGGUGGCGGGACAGGUCCCCGAGCGGGCUCGGCCCUGGCUCGCCGCAUCCAACCUAGUUGGGCUUUCCAAGCCUAACGGCGACGUCCGGCCGGUCGCGAUUGGGGAAGUGCUUCCGCGUAUCCUUGCUCGAGCUCUCUGCAUCUCGCUCCGCCCUACGAUGGCUUCCUACUUUCUGCCGUGCAACCAGCUGGGAGCGGGCACUAGGGCCGGGCAGCAGGUGAUGGAGUCGGUGACUAGAGAGUUCAGGGACCUACUUUUCCUGAGCUACGCAGACGAUACCUAUAUCCUGGGACCGGCGGCUAGGAUUCUAGAUGCGUUUGGGGUGCUGCGGGAGCGGUUGGAAUGGGUGGGGCUGGAGGUGCAGGCACACAAGUGCCGGUUUUGGGAGCGCGAGGGCGGGGAUGUGGAGCUGGCACUGCCAUUGGGGAUGCAGCGGGUGGAGGAGGGUCUCACUGUGGUGGGCGUGCCUAUUGGGGAGGAGGGUUGGGAGGUGACCCGGUUACGGGAGCGGCUUAGACAGUUGCAAGCGCCAUUGCCAUGGCUCCCCCUGCUCGACCACCCCCAGAUGGCUUCACAUCUCCUCGCCAUUGCAGUUUCAGCACGGCCGAUGUACCUGGCCCGGACUAUGCCGCCGCGUCCGGAGGUGGUGGAGGCCUUCAGGGAUUGGGAUAGCUGUCUGGAGGAUUGCUUUGAGCAGCUUUUCCCACCUGGCACUUGGGAGCAUGACCCCGACCGGUCUAGGCGCGCGCGCAUGCAGCUGCAUCUCCCUGUGCGACUCGGAGGGUUUGGGAUCCGGGCAGCAGCCUCUUUGAGUCCGCUGUCCUAUGUUUGUGGGUGGGCGCAGGCCGCGCGUGAUAUUGCACAGUUGGGUGUGGCGGGCGAGGAGGCGAUGUUUGCGGAGUACCUCACCACUUCGGCAGGGGCGGAGUUUCUUGACCCGUGGUUUGCCAAGGCUCUUGAGCAGCUGCCUGCGACUAUACGCCAGGAGAUGCCGGGCUUACCUCUGUGCGUAGCGGCCCCUCCUCUUCGGCUUUUCCAGGCGCGACAGCGGUUGUUGGCGGUAGAGGAGCUCCAGACACUGCGUCGCUCGGCUCGUGACGAUGCCACCCUGGCCCGUUUCACAUCCCUUCAGGGCCCGGGGGCUGGUGCAUGGGUUUCGGCGGUUCCGGCUCACUCAGAUCUCACAUUCACUGCGGCGGAGUGGGGCAUUGCUGCUGCUAUACGGCUCGGGCUCCCAAUUCAGCAGCUGCAGGUGGCGGGGAGGUGUGUUUGUGGCACAGCAUAUGUUGACCCAGCAGACCCGCAUCAUGCCUUGAGAUGCAAGCACCAGCAUGGUCCAUCUCGGGUACAUGAUGAGGUGAAGUUUGCGGUGGCGAAGAUCUCUAAGGCGUCUGGGGGGGUGGUGACAAUGGAGGAUAGUGUGGUGCUGCAGGGGAAGCGGGUUGAUGUGGCGGUGCGACGACCAAUGGCUGGAGAGGCUCACGCCUUGGAGAUCAGCGUCGCGGACCCGCUAUCGCUGUCUCCAUCUUUGCUAGGACAGUGCGGGCGUCAAAUAGGCGUGGCGGCAAGAGAAUGGGAGCGUCGUAAAACGAGCGAUUACGCGCCUCUGCUUGCACGCAACCGGGGCGUGCAGUUCACUCCUCUGAUAGUGGAGACGUGGGGGUGUCUCGGCGGUCGCUUUCGGAGGUGGCUUUGUCAGCAGGGAGAUGCGCACGUGGGGCUAGCUGUGUCGCGGGGGGCUUGUCGGGAGGACGACACUGUGUUUUCGGCUUAUCUUCUAGGGUCACUAAAGGCGCUCAUCGGGGUGGCGUUGCAACGUGCGCAAGCCCGUGUCAUCCUGCUUCGAGCGGCGUCUUCUAUGGGGGGGAUUAACGUUGACUUGGUGGACCGGGAGUGGGACGAUGGCGAUGCGGAAGGCGGGGCUCUCUGGGUGGAGGCCCCGUACAUGGUGGAUUCGCUGUUGUGA